AAUUUGGAGACUUUGAUAUAUGAUAAACAUUAGUUAGUAGACCUACUUGUACACUUUCUCAACAGAUGCUAUGUUCCACAAAUAAAACGCAAUGUUAUUUCAGGCUUACACACCGGGACGAGUCCAAAAAACUCAGCUUUGGUUGUUUGUGUAUAUAAAGUUUGGCAAGUUCCUGCUUUACGCCUCUCAUCGCUUUGUCUCUCUCUCUCUCUCUCUAAAUUUCUCUCUAGAAAACCCUAACGCCUCUCAUCGCUUUGGCUCCGACGGCGGUGGUUCCACAGGCCGUCGUCGGGAGCUCCUUGUUUUCUUUUCCUCUUUGCUCCAUCGGCUUUCUCCUCCUCUUUGCGGUCUUUGUCGGAGCUCUUGUUUGCUUCGCCGCCUCAAGCCUCUGUUCUAUUCGCGGUAGAUCUGAGAGGUUUGGCGUGGGUGGUGACAGAUCUGGUGUGAUGACGACGUUUUCGAGCUAGGGCCAGUAGAUGGAGUCGGGUUCAUGGGUGGUCGGUGCCCUCGUGUCUUCGUUGGAGAUCCUUCCGGCGGAUCUGUAGGUACCUAGGCGGUGGUGAGGAAAGUGCUCGAACUGGCGUCGAUCCUCUCUCUCCUCUGUUCAGAUCGUCGGUGUUUCACCAACUUUUUCCCGGACCUAGGGUUCCAACCAGGAGUUUGAUGGCGUGUGGAGUCCUGAUGAGGCUUCAAUCCCGGCGGUCCUUCAUCUUCCGCCUCCCUUCGGCAAGGUCUCUUCUUGGCUGGGUUUGAGUCUCGGUUUCUUGGUUCGUCCGGUUCCGCUUGGCUCGUGUGAGAUCCUCUGGCUGGUUCUCAGUCGUGGGUACGUGUUGGGAGCUUCCUCUCUCGGUGUUGUCACCCGGGUUUGGGGGUUUUCGUGGCAGCGCGUGUCGAGUAAUGAGACUGCAUCCGCGUCUCUUUUGGUGUCUCUGUCUCUCAGACCCGAACUCUUGACUGUGGCAACGCGUACUUUGAUAUCUUCUCCCAUAAUAAUUGUCAUCUUGUGGCGAUAGCUCUGUGUUUGCAGGCUGGUCCUCUGCAUGUGGAUAAGUGUUAGUUGAGCACUCGAGCUCUAGCUAGUUUGUCGGUUGCUUCUUCCGGAGGAGAUGUGCCCAACAUGUCCCAUUACUCUGCGUGUGUGGUGGGUUAAAUGGGUGUAUACAGUUCCGGGGGUUUGAGGGUUGGAGACAGCAACCUCCGGUCUUCAUCCCGAACGACGGCACCGCCUGUUUGUGGACUCUCUUCGUGCUGUCGGUGUGGCAAUUUCAAACGGGCUAGAUGUUCCGUGGUUUCAUUUCUCGGUGUGGUUUGAUGCUUGAGUCUCUCGGAAGCUGUAGGUUUUCCUGUUGCUUCAAGGUUUGAGCCGCCUUUCUCUCUGGGAGCUCGCGGCAAUCGGGGUCUCGCUCCUCUCUUUCCAUUCCCUUGGGGCAUCAUCGCUUCGCUAUCUCCAGUUCGUACUUAGGUCCUCAGGUUGUCGACUUUGAAUCUAUUUGUUCACUAGGUGCUCUGUUUAGUUUACAUUUCUGCAUUCCGCUUCUUGUUCUCUUUGUUAUUCUGUAAAAAAUUGAAAACUGGUAAUAUAAUUUUAACAUUUUACCAAAAAAAAAAAAAAGUUUCUGCUUUAGUUACAGUUUUAAUGUUGCAGUGUGACGCCUUUUGAGAUGCGUACUUAAGGCUAUGUUAAAUAAUGGUUGCGUCGACAGUGGCUCAGUUUUACCAAGACGAAUUGUCUCUGCAGACAGGAAAAUCAAGCGAAUCUAUUGAUGUUUGUUUUGAAAUUGAUAAUCUUUACAAACAUAACAGUGACAUUCUCAUAUACUGUUUCAGCUUGUGUAUAAUCGAAUAAUAGAUGUAGGAAGGUUAUGUUCCAAUACACCGGCUAUCUGAUUAUUAAUCGUGAAUACUGCGAACGUAGGAAGGGAGAAUAGGGUGAUCAAGUUACAGACUGAAGUUGCCCUUCUGCGAGUGGAGUACCUACACUGUUUGUGUGUAAGAAGAAAGAAUGAAAUGAGAUUAUUUUUUUUUGAAUUAUAUAGGGAUAUCCUGGCCUCAUAGAAGUGGUCCAGUGACUAAGAUUAGUCACGUAUUGCCGCGUGUCAGUCCGUUGUUUCUGGUGAUGAUGAAAUGUUAAUUUUUCAGUGGCCGGGACUCAAACUCUGAUGGCUUCACCCUAUUGGACUUUUACCCUCAAAUUAAUUACCACCAGACUACAAGUCCUAGUUGAAAUGAGAUUUCACGUUUUGUUUUGCUGUUAUUAUAUAUAGUUUGGUGUUCGGAUUUUUGUGGUAACUUCAUUCAAAGUAUUCAUGUUACAUUGAGAUCCUCCCUCUUUUGUUUAAAACCGAAUAUCUCAAGGUUCUCUGUUCAGUAAAAGUUAGUUUUUCUUCAUAAUAAUUCAUGUGUUGGCUUUUGAGUUAGUCAUAUGCAAAGUUAUAAGAAUUGGUUUAGGCAAAAGCUCGGAACCCGCCUAGGCGGAAAAUCCCUUGUAAUCGAAAUGAUUUUCUUAAAAUUCGAUUUAUAAGACUCAAAUCGGUUUAAACCAUUUUAAAUCAGUUUAAAUCAAUUUAAAUUAAUAUAAAUCUAUUAAAUUAAAUACUAAUGUUAGUAAAAUUCACUAAUUUGUCUAACCUCUUUUAUUUUGUAUAUCUAUUUUGAUAAUUCAUCAAAAUAAUUUUAAAAGUAAACCCAAAACUAAAAAAUCUUAUAUAAAUGUAAAAUAUAUAUAAAAUUAAUCAAUAAUUCGUUAACACCUAGUCUUGUCUCCGCCUAGGCACUAGUUCUAUGUAGAGCGUCUAGCUACCGCCGAGCGAUUUUUUAAACAUUGGUUAUAUGUUUAAGCUUAUUGGCUGAGGUUCAGCACAAUUCAAUCUAUUCUGAAGGAGGUAUUUAACAUUUCCCUAUGAUAUAAUCAACGUUGAAUCAAGUGUUAGAUAAAAGGAGUUGGUUUAUUGAGUUAUAUCCUUUCUCUGUUGUUGGUGUGUAGAGCUGCCGAUAACAGAGCGCAAGAAGAAGAAACAUUGUGUUCUCUGAGCUCUGUUUCUUCUAAUGUAUUAAUUGACUUAUUAAAAUCAUAUUCUUGUGCGUGAAGAAAAGAUUUAGAAUAUAGAAUAUUGUGAUACAUAUACAUACAUACGUCGUGUAAAUUUAAAGAGUAUUAAUUUGUUCUUAUCCGCUAUCCAGAUUUAUAACCAUAUAGAAACGUUGAAUCCACUGAACCAUGAAAGCAAUUAUAGAAAACAAUGAAAAGAAAAUUAAAAUAAUUCAUUGCAUAAUUGCUAAGAAAUUUUAAAUUCAUGAUAUAGUAUAUCCGUCAUAUCUAUAAACUUGAUAUAUAUUCAACGUUUCAAAGAUAUCUCUACAAGAAUCUGACUGUUUACGAUUAUCAUUUUAUUCAUUUCUUUUUUUGAACAUAUUCUUUACCAGAGUGAAACCAUGACUUCAAAAGCUUUAAACCAUGUCUUACACCCUUAUAUAAACUACACUAACCUUCGUUCACUUAUCCUCAUCUCUAUUGUCUUCCUUCUCAGAUCUCUCGAACACAAACUAGAACUUGUUCCAAUGGCGUCAAACCUAGACAAAGGCCUCAUCGUGAGCUUCGGCGAGAUGCUCAUUGACUUCGUCCCCACGCAAUCCGGCGUUUCCCUCGCUGAAUCCCCCGGAUUCCUCAAAGCUCCCGGAGGUGCUCCGGCCAACGUCGCCAUCGCAGUCACGCGUCUCGGUGGUCGCGCAGCUUUCGUUGGAAAGCUCGGUGAUGAUGAGUUCGGCCACAUGCUUGCUGGUAUCUUGAGGGAGAACGGUGUUGAAGACAAGGGGAUUAACUUCGACAAGGGAGCCAGAACCGCACUAGCAUUCGUCACGUUGCGUUCAGAUGGGGACAGAGAGUUUAUGUUUUACCGUAACCCGAGCGCCGACAUGCUUCUCCGACCAGAUGAACUCAACCUCGAACUAAUCAGAUCGGCCAAAGUGUUUCACUAUGGAUCAAUAAGUUUGAUAACGGAGCCAUGCAGGUCGGCUCACUUGAAGGCAAUGGAAGUGGCAAAAGAAGCUGGAGCUCUUCUUUCCUACGACCCUAACCUAAGGGAACCUCUUUGGUCAUCCCCUGAAGAAGCUAGGAAACAGAUCAUGAGCAUCUGGGACAAGGCUGAGAUCAUCAAGGUCAGUGACGUGGAGCUUGAGUUUCUUACCCAAAACAAAACGAUCGAUGAUGAGUCAGCGAUGUCUCUGUGGCAUCCCAAUUUGAAGCUCUUGCUUGUUACCCUCGGUGAAAAGGGAUGUCGUUACUACACUAAGGGUUUCCAUGGAUCUGUUGAGGCUUUUGAUGUGAACGCGGUAGAUACUACCGGAGCUGGAGAUUCAUUCAUCGGCGCGUUUCUAAGCCAGAUUGUUGAUGAUCAGACUGUACUCAAGGAGGAAGAAAGGUUGAGAAAAGUGCUGAGGUUCGCAAACGCUUGUGGAGCCAUCACGACGACCAAGAAGGGAGCCAUUCCAGCUCUUCCUUCUGAGUGUGAUGCUCUCUCUCUUCUUAAAGACAAAUAGAGAGACCUAGUAACAACAACCUUUUAAAUUUACAAAUGUGCGCUUUGUCUUGCUGAUGUAUUUUGUUUGAAAUAAUAAGGAUCGCAAUGUUGUUAUCUUUUCUAUUUAUGUCUUUCUUGGCAUCUCUUGCUACUAAUAAAAAACUCAAGAGUUUUUUCUUAUAUUUUUGAGUGGGAAGGUUUGACACAAAAAGACACCUAAAAUUGACCUAAAAGAACACCUUCCGUGUUGGAGACGUCAUUCAGUUUUCUUGCUUCUAUCUCUCUCUCUGACUGUGAUCUACAAAAGAAAAAGCUUGCUAAUGGUACCAUACAUUUAUACAAGCGAAGGUCCUUGGAAGAAAGAGACACAAUCCGUUUAGGUAAUGAUUACCUUCAUCUCUGUUGGUUUAUGGUCACAAUCUCAGAGAUGAUCUAGAGUAAGAACUAAGAUGCAGGAGCAGUAUACAAAGAGAGGCAGAGAUAUUAACAGAAGGAUAUUCUAGAGCUGUAAAAUGGAUGGACUGUCCAAUGGGCGUCCAUGUCCAAAUAUAUUAACAGAAGGAUAUUCCUUUUAUUUAAGUUUAUUCGAGUUUGUAAUACCAAAGAUAUCAAAUACCAUGUUCAAGAGGUAUAUGAACAAACUCAAACACAAACAUCUAACAUAGAUUCAGACAAAAAAAACGAAAAGUGUGUAAUAAGCUCUCUCAGACAUAGCUUACUCAACUUAUAGACGAAACUAUAGAUAUGACAUUUGACUCCACGCAUCAUUCUCCAUAUGCAGAUAGGUUUCUAGGAAUGUCUACUACA